AUGGCUACUGAAUGCACGUCUAUUUAUUCUGAAGGUGAACUCAAGAGAUGCUUGUCUGAAAAAACAUGGAAGAAGCUGGAGGAGAGAACACUUAAGGAGAAUCUUAGCAAGGCUAAUUUUGAAGAUCUUGUUGUGUGCCCUUACUGUGAUUUUGCUGCAAUACUGUCCCCUAGUACAAAGGUGUUUCGUUGCGUCAGAGACAAGUGCUGUAAGCGAACAUGUCGUGACUGUGGUGUAGACUGGGCUGAACAUGAAGGUCUGUCAUGUGCGGCAGUUGAAACAAAAGAUGAAGCCUCUUUGCGCAAAGAAUUUGAAGAGAAGAUGACCAAGGCAAAAGUGCGUACAUGUGUCUCUUGCAUGGCUGUGUUCACAAAGGAGAGUGGCUGUAACAAAAUGACAUGCCGCUGUGGGACCACCAUGUGUUAUCUUUGCAGAGCUGCUAAGAUCACUUAUGAUCAUUUCUGUAAGCAUGCACGUGACCCAGGGAAAGAUUGUAGCAAGUGCAAGGCUUGUAGUUUGUGGACUAACCCAGAGGUGGACGAUGAAAGGGCAUUACAAGAAAUCAAGAAAGAGGCAGAAGCAAAACAUGCAGAAUUAGGAUUUCACAAAAUGAAACAGAUUGGAAUGCCAGAAGCUGACCACAAAUGA